AUGGCUCAAGAUGGCAGGAGGCAAGCACCUCUUCUGAGGACGCGCAGCAACAAUGGCGAGUUGCAGGCGAUUGUGUUUGCAGGUCUACUGGCCUACAGACUGGUCAACUCGCGCUAUGUGGACACCUUCUUCCAGCCGGAUGAGUACUUUCAGGCCUUGGAGCCGGCCUGGCGGAGCGCCUUUGGACCAGAUGCCGGUGCAUGGAUUACGUGGGAGUGGAAGGAAGGACUGAGAACAUCGGUCCACCCUUUGAUAUUCAGCCUUGUAUACCGAGUGGCAGACUGGGCUUGCAGCGUGUUCGCCGUCACACCCAACACACGAGCGGAUGUUCUGGUAGCCGCACCCGGAGUCUUACAGGCCGUCUUUGCUGCCAUUCUGGACCUCUUCACCUGGAGAACCGCUGCAAGGGUAUAUGGAGACGACCAUGCUGCCAGUCCUGCAACUCUGAUCCUGACAGUCAUCAGUCCGUGGCAAUGGUUCUGCUCGGUGCGCACUUUCUCAAACUCGCUGGAGGCGACUUUGACUGCCGCUGCUGUGCAUUACUUCCCGUGGAACUGGUUUCUGGAGGUCAACAAGCAAGCUAAAUCGACCUCACUGCAGCCUGAAUCGCCAUCAUCUAGUGAUGGAUCGGCACAUGAGAGCGUGAGGCCGCCUGCCAGUUUGCAUGUCUCUUUGGUGUUCGCAGCGACAGCAUUCUACCUUCGGCCUACGAACAUCAUCAUAUGGGCUGCUAUUAGUGUUGCAAUACUUGGUAGCACACGCAACCUGAUGAAAGCUGUCACACUUGCCUUGUGCGCUGCCUUGAACGGCGCGGCUAUUGUAAUAGUGUUCGCACUCAGCGACUUCUAUUUCUACGGCGAGUGGACUUUCCCACCCUUUCGUUUCUUGUACCUCAACCUUUUCCAGUCCCUCGCGAUCUUCUACGGCAGCAACAGGAUCGACUACUACUUCACGGAAGGUCUGCCGCUACUGCUGACGACAGCGCUACCCUUCGCAGGAAUAGGGCUGUGGCGUAGCGUUGUGGCAGGUAAAGCAAAUCCAAAGCAGAACCAGAUCGAGCGACAGACUAGGUUCAUCUUUGCAUUUGCGGCUCUCUUGACCAUCUUGGUGCUGUCGGCGAUAGCACAUAAGGAAAUGCGCUUCAUCUACCCACUACUGCCGCUACUGCAUGUACUGGCUGCUAAGCCUUUUGCAAGCUUCUUUGCACCCCUACCCAUCCCGAAAACUCGGCUUCGACAGGUACUCCUAGCUGGACUGCUAGCGGGUAACAUCUACAUCGCGACUUACGUGAGCACGACGCACCAACGGGGUGUGGUAGAUGUUGUUCACUACCUGCGUCACCGCCAGGAGGCAUGGUUUGAAGCUGUUUCACAGGACGACAGCCAGGGUGUCACCGAGAGUGCCAAUAUCACGGUCGGCUUUCUGAUGCCCUGCCACAGCACGCCUUGGCGGAGCCACUUUGUCUAUCCUGAGAUCACUGCAUGGGCCUUGACGUGCGAGCCUCCAUUGAACAUGUCGCCAGAUCAACGGGCGAAUUACCUGGACGAGGCGGAUGUGUUCUACAAUGAUCCAGCUGCCUGGCUUAAAUACAACAUGGGGGAUCGAAACACUGUCGCCACCACUGAAGGCUCUGUCACGCGCUCAAGCACACGAAACGACGAAGGCUUACGGAAGUGGCCGCACUAUCUGGUAUUCUUCGAGCAUCUUGAGCCUACGAUCAAGGCAUUUCUGGCAGGGAACAGGUACAAGGAGUGCCGAAAGUUCUUCAAUACGCACUGGAUCGACGAUGGGAGGCGAAAGGGAGACGUGAUUGUUUGGUGCAUCAGGAGAUAG